UUAAGCAUUCCCCACAAAUGUACCACCUGCCUUGUUGCUCAAAAAAAUAAGUAUGGCUAGUCAGUUUGUUGUGAAUUGACUUACAGUAGAAAUUUUUAACUGGAGAGAUUAAUCAGAAGAAGAGGAAAAUCAUUCUGUUUGUUCUAAAAAAUAAUAAAUGUGCAAAGACCGAUACUGAAAAGUUUCCCAAUUUCUAAUGUCAGUGGCUUCAAAGCUCUGAAUUACCAGGAUGAUUACUAGUUACACAGUUUGCUUGGCAGCUCUGAGCAUGAUUUCUAUGAAUUUCAUGCCCCUUUUUGCUCAAAAUACCAACUCUGACAAUGAACCAAGGUUGUGGAAUGAAAAAUAAAAAAACACCUAAGUAUUGCUGGACUGUAAAAUGGUGAUGGAAAAUCAACUGAAUAUUGCCCUGAAGAAAUGAACUCUAUCCCUGCCUGUUCUACAGAAUUUGGAUGGAUUAUUGGGAAACCUGCUUUCUGUAAUAGGAUCUAGGAGUCCGCAUGCUGGUAAAGACUUUAAUGGGGGAUUUCUUUUCCUAGAGUAACUGUCUUUAAGGACACUACAAAUAAAAUUAACAACAAAGAAUUAUUUUAAGGGUAGGUCGUACUUGUUAGGUAGAAAAGAGUCUGGUGCUGCCGUUACCUUUCCGCUAGAGAUAAAGGUCUUUCCCCCCCUUGCAUGAUCAAGAAAUAGAACGGAGCUUACAACAAACUGAACACACAAUACACUUCUACUGAUCAGGAUUACAAUUUAAAUUCAAAAAUCACUUCACAUAUACUUGGAAAUACAUCUACUAGGGGUGGGAAGGCACCACUAAAAAUAAGUUUUACGUCACUAUUUUAGAAAACAAUCUUGCACGCCCGUUUAAGCCCAGCACGACCCGAAGCACCGGCUGCUCCCGCCCGGAGGAGGCAGACGGCCCCGGGCAGCCACGUUUAAACUAAUUAAAACCCUUUUGGGAUGGGGAGGGACGAGUUUGGGACUGGGGGCGAUUCUGCCCGCCUCAGCUUUCGCACACAACCUUCUUCCCGCCGUACUUCUUUUUCCGCAGAGCCCGAAAGCAGCCGGGCAAACCGAAGGCUCCCGCCGAGAAAGGUGCCGCCCCAGCCGUCGCCCGGCCCCGGCCCUCCGCCCGCCCACUCCCCACAGCCGGCAGCUCCUCCCCGACCGGGCCUUCCCCCUCCGCUGGCGGCUGCUGCCAGCCCACCGUCGCUCCCCUGCCCGCCGCCGAGCCCCCGGCUGCCGCAGCCCCUCCGCUCCGCCUGACAGGGGCGAACAAAAGGCGCCGCGCCCCGUCCCCCCCGCUCCCGGGCGGUUCCGCGCACCCAGCGCCCGUAGGAGAAGCCGCCCCGCCGCAGCGACCCGCGGCCCUCGGAGCUCCGGCAGGAGUCAGACUGAAGAAUAAUGAAUUAAAGUAACUGACAUCAUGACAACCGUAAGACAGAGAAGGGUUGGAAAAGGCACAGAAGCUGCUGAAGAUCAGCCUUCAGAGGAGAAGAAUGUGAAGCCUGAUGGGAAAACUCUGUCUGAUCAUACAGGUGGAAAGCUGUGGAACGUACUUUCAGUAAUUGUUGGUGGAAUUGUUGCCAUCUCUCUUGGACUUCUUACUUCUGUUUAUGUUGCUACACUGCAUGAAAAUGACCUGUGGUUUUCCAAUAUUAAGGAAGUCGAAAGAGAAAUUUCAUUCAGAACAGAAUGUGGGCUUUAUUAUUCCUACUACAAACAGAUGAUUCAGGCUGCUUCCAUCCAGCAAGGUUUACAUGGUUUAGUAUAUGACAAUAAAACUGAAUCUGUGAGGACAAUUAACAUACUUGAAAGAAUGAAUGUUUACCAGGAGGUGUUUCUCAGCAUUCUGUAUAGGAUUCUUCCAAUUCAGCAAUACCUAGAGCCCGUUUAUUUUUAUAUCUACACUUUGUUUGGACUUCAGGCAGUUUAUGUCAUUGCUCUGUAUGUAACAAGCUGGCUUCUUAGUGGAACGUGGCUUUCAGGGUUGUUGGCAGCUUGCUGGUAUGUUACAAACAGAAUAGAUACUACAAGAGUAGAAUUCACCAUUCCUUUACGAGAGAACUGGGCACUACCAUUCUUUGCUGUUCAGAUAGCAGCCAUCACAUACCUACUCAGAACUCAUUUACAGCCUGUUCAAGAAAGAUUGACCCUUAUGGCUAUAUUCAUAGCAACGUUUCUCUUUAGCCUGACUUGGCAAUUUAAUCAGUUUAUGAUGCUAAUACAAGCAUUGGCAUUAUUCAUACUGGACUGCUUUGACAUGCUUCCCACAGCAAAGGUUACAUGGCUCUAUAUCAUUCAGAUUUCUGGAUUGCUGCUAGUGUGUGUCCUACAGUUUUUUAAUUCUAUGAUUCUUGGAUCAUUACUUUUAAGUUUUAAUGCUUCUGUCUUGAUAGCAAGAACAAUCCAGAAAAACCUAAAAAAGGGCGGCUUGCUUAACAGGCUUGUGCAACUUAUCCUCCAUGUACUAUUAGUCUUGUGCUUCACUCUCCUAAUAAAUAAAUUCAUAAAGAAAAUUCUUAAUCUGGAGUCAGAUGAACAUAUAUUCAAAUUCCUGAAAGCAAAAUUUGGAUUUGGGGCAACAAGAGAUUUUGAUGCUAACCUGUAUCUUUGCGAAGAAGCUUUUGGUUUACUACCAUUAAAUACUUUUUCAAGACUCUCGGAUACGUUACUUUUUUGCAUCUACGUAUUUGUUCUCUUCCUUAUGACAGUAGUAGCUGUAAUUGUUGCCUUUCGGAACCUCAGUGGUUCAAAUCAGGUCCAGUUAAUGGAAAAAGUGGAAGAAUGCACAAUAACACUGAAACCUGAUGCUGCUUACAACUUAAUUCACACAGUUCUUUUUGGGUGUCUGGCAUUAAGCACAAUGAGAAUGAAGUACCUCUGGACAUCCCACAUGUGUGUAUUUGCAUCUUUUGGCCUGUGCAGUACGGAAAUAUGGAAACUUAUCCUGAAGUGUAUUCAUCUCUACACAUCACGAAGGACACAUGUGAUUAAGUAUUCUAUACCAAUAAUUACAUUGCUAUACAUUUCAUAUAAGUUCUGGCCCGGAAUAAUGGAUGAACUGUCAGAGCUGAGAGAAUUCUAUGACCCAGACACUGUGGAGCUGAUGAACUGGAUUAAGUCAAACACUCCAAACACAGCAGUGUUUGCUGGGAGCAUGCAGCUAUUAGCAGGCGUCAAACUGUGCACAGGACGGACAUUAACUAAUCAUCCCCAUUAUGAGGAUAAGAAUCUGAGAGAGAGAACAAAACAGAUUUAUCAGAUCUAUGCCAAGAGAUCUCCUGAGGACGUUUACAGAAUUCUGCGAUCCUUUGGCACAGACUAUGUGAUCCUAGAAGACAGCAUUUGUUAUGAAAGAAGACACAGUAGAGGCUGUCGGUUACGUGACUUACUUGAUAUAGCUAACGGCCAUAUCAUGGAUGGUUUGGGAGAGAACGAACCCGAUUUGAAACCUUCAUUGUAUCCUCGCUUCUGUGAGGAAAUUAAAAAAAACCUGCCUUCUUAUACCGUACACUUCACUAGAGUGUUUCAAAACAAAACAUUCCACGUUUACAAACUUGCUAAGCAUAAAUAACAUUUCCCACCACGGCUUCAAGUUCAGUAUUAUACUGCUAGGACCCACGUUAGAAAACACAGAAGUUGUUUACAAACGUGUUACAUUUGUAAGACAUUUUACAUUCAUGGUUUCUUGUCUAAUUGCAGUGAUUUUUUUUUUAAGACAGUUUAGUUUUGAUAACGUUCUUGAUGUUGCCAAAAUUUUCAUAGAUUCAUAAAUAAACGCUAGCAGGGACCAUUCUGAUUAUGAAGUCUGACCUUCUGAACACCUAGGAUAUAAUUGUUUUCCAGUUUUAACUGAUUGGAAGACACAGAGAACGAGCAGCCCACCUGAGCACAGCAGAACAGCUGGCCCGUCGGGUUCUGCUCAGCAGUUUGGGUUUUUAUUAUGAAGUGAUAGAACUUCAAUGAAAGCAGGCCAUGCUGCUCCUACACUGAGUAGGCGUUAUUCUUGUGAAUCCUGAAAAUAGUCACAAAAACGAAGUUUUGUCUUACAAUCUGAUCCUCUUCGACAGAUCCGUGUGCUCUUUUAGUGCCUCUUUUUUGACUUCUUUGGGAAUGUGUGCGGAUAUGAGUUUCCAAGCUUGUGAGUGUGAGUGCAGAAUCAGGGAGUGCAGAAUCAGCCAACAAGUUGGAAGAGUAAAAUUUCAAUCAUUGUCCCACAUUUUUAGUAACACAGAAACAUACUGUUUUAUAACGUUAAGCAUUUAAUGAUGGAGUGUUACGUAUUUCUAAUGAGAAUAAAGGUUGGAGCAUGCUUGA